AUGACGGGAUUAAUAGGGUUCUCACUAGUUGCAUCAGCCAACAUUUGGCUCAAGAACCCCGCUGCGAAAAUAGCGAGUUCGCAUGAGCCCUUUGACAUCGUGCUGAACACCGGGGAAUGCGGCAUCGAAAGCUGGAGAAAGCUCACGCGGAGGUACGACCCAUCCACUGGUGGUCGCAAACGCGCUCUCCUCAAUGCAAUCUUGUCACCGGCUCGAUCCAAGAUGGAAGAUUUGCCGUCCAACCUGGAGAAGCUUCUUGACAGCAUCAGACUUUAUGAACGUCGCAAAGACGCAUCUGGCAACCGAACGAUGUUGGCAGAAGACAUCAAGAUCAACGUGAUUGAACGAUUGGUGCCGGCAGAGCUCGAGCGUCAUCUCGUUCUCAAUCGAGAUCGCUUCAAGACGUUCGAGUCCAUGCUGUCCGAGAUCCAGUCCUAUGUGGAACAUGCCACCGGCAACAAGAUCAAGGUGGUGAACAGCCAGCCCUACGACGCACAUGGCCGUGGGGACGAUCCUAUGGAUGUCGGAAGCUUUGGAAAAGAUGCAAAGGGAAAAGGUAAGGGCAAGAAGGGAGCUGGAGGAAAACCUGGAAAGGGAAAUGCAACAGCUGAGAAGAGGACAUGUCACAACUGCGGACGCCCAGGACAUCUGCGGGCAGAUUGCUGGGCACCUGGAGGCCCCAAACAUAAGGGGACGGGUGGAGGCAAAUCUGUGAACAAUGUCGAACAAGGUGAACCAGAAGCAGAAGACUGGGACGCAGCUGAUGGCGACGAUGGUCAACAAGCAGCAAAUGGUUUAACGCUCUAUGGUGUUGGUGGGCCACCACAUGACGAGGAUGACGACGAAAGUUUCCAGGUCGAUCCCGAGUCCGAGGAGUCGGAAGCCUCGACAAGUCGCAGAAGGUGGUUUUCUUUGCCUCACCCACGUGCGUCAUGGCCUGAAGAGUGGGACGACCCCGACUAUGAUGGACCGAGUGGAUCGAGCACCUCGAACGCCACAGGGAAGACCCAAGAGGGGCAGAAGUCCAAAGAGCUCAACACCAAAGAGAGGCAAAGCAAGCAGAUCAGGGCCAGUCACUCCGGAGUCAGCACUCCGACGCUUUCGAAUGACUUCGAUGACACCACCACCAAGGAGAAGGUUGAGGUGAAGCCACCACCACCUGUCAAGGCAUCAUCGGCAGCUUCGACUUCAGGUUCUCGACUUGUCCAGAUGCUGAAGGCUGCGCUGAGUUCACAAAUCCGCAAAGUCCAAGAAGAAGAUCCUGGUUCAGGAGAUGGCCAGGCAGAUGCGAUGUUAGCGGCUUUGAGGACUAGAUCUGUCAAGGCACCGCACAUCACAAAGCAGAACAUCAGCGAUCCUUCUUUCCACGACUCGAGAUACCAUGCCGAGAUUGCCAAAGGUGUUGCACACAAUGUGGCCUGGAGAAAUGAACGUUUGAGAAGACGUGCAAUCGUCCACCGACGAGGAGGAGUCAAGGCACGUGCGGCUGAAAGGAUUCGACUUGACAAAGAAUGGCAUGAACGCUUUGACAACCCAGAAAAUCCAGAAGGCAUAGUGAGAAUCGAGGAUGAAGACAACUUGGAUGCGGGCAUCGAGACGGUGGUUGUGGGCAAAGCUGGUCAGAGCACAGUGAUAGAGUUUUCAAUGGAAGAGCGGAAAACUUUGAGGCAGUUCCCGGACGACGAGGCCAAGUUGCUGCGGAAGGAUCCCAAGAAGAAACCCAUGACCAAGCGUGUUCGAAGCGUUGGGUACAGGGUGAAGAAGAAUCGCAACCGCAAUGUGGCGCGCAAGAUGGCGAGGAAGAACCGACCAGCCUUGGUUCUGAAGGAAAACACUGAAGUGAACGCAGAUGAAGAUGAUGAUGAAAUGGAAGAGGUCUACAUCGAAGAGCCUGAUGAGCCUCGAGACCGACCAGGCAGAGGAGACCCCGAUGGUGGAGCUGGAUCGGCUCCUGCUGCAGUCUACAGCUUGGGGGCCUCUGACGACUGGCGAAAAUGGGAACGAGCAGAGUUGAACAUCGACACCGGUGCUGCCAUCACUGCAGUACCACUUGACUUCGCCAAGGACUACCCGAGGAGCGAGUCCAAUGGAGCAAGCUACAAGGCAGCCAAUGCGGAACCCGUCGAAGAUCAGGGAAGUGUGAAGCUGGUGGGAUACGACGAAUCUGGCAACAAGAUCCCAAUCGAUUGCCGAGUUGCAGAUGUGCAUCGGCCACUUCUUUCAGGUUCCGAGAUCGCCAAGAACUACCACAUCGCCCUUGGACCAUCUUCGGGGAGAUUGAUCCCAAGAAACACUCCUGCGGGACGGGCCUAUUCGAAGGCCAUGAAAGAUCUGAUCCGAGAUUAUGGCGAUUCAAUGCCCAUUGUGCACAAUCGCCGAGGCAUCUAUGUGUUGGACUAUUGGGAUCCAGCUGUUUCAGCCGGAGCCGAUGCCAUGGAAGAUGGAGGCGAUGUUUCAGCCGCUUCGGCCGGAGCAGGGUCCUCAGGCGAUGUUCCAGCUGCUUCAGCCGGAGCAGAUGCCUUUGAAGAUGAAGUUGAUUUGGAAAUCGGUGAAGAACAGAGGAAAGCCAUUGUGAAGAAAGAACCACAUCAACCAUCCCAAGCUGAAGUUGACGAACAUGAAAGCACUGGACAUGUUGUCCAUCGGAGCUGGUGCUUGCACUGCAAAAGGGCACGUGUGACUGCUGAUCGCCAUGUGCCUAAGGAACUUGAUGAGCCAGAAACGCAGUUGCCCACGCUGAGCCUGGACUACUUCUAUAUGAACCAGGACCAGGUUGCGGAUGAGGCGACCCUUCCGAGCAUUGUGGCGAAGUGCCACAAGACCAAGAGAUUUUGGGCGAGCGUUCUCCCGGGAAAAGGGGCGGAUGCGUUCGCAAUCGCGUGGCUUGGGGGAGUUUUGGAUGAUGCUGAGAUAAAACGACAAUGUCGUGCUCUCCUCAGCGACCUGGAGUUCAAGCUGGAAAGGAAGGUAGAUCCGGGCCAUCCACUUUUGGUUUGGCUCCCGCGGCAUGCUGCCUUUCUCUUGACGAGAUACCGAGUAGGUACUGAUGGAAAGACCGCUUUUGAGCGGACCUAUGGACGAAAAUGGCGGAUUCCGCUUGUGAGGUUCGGUGAAAGCAUCCUGUAUAGGCCGAGGGCCAAUCGUGGGGGCAAGAGAAAUGACCUUGCUCCAAGGGUAUCCAUUGGGAUGUACGUUGGAACUGGAAACAGAAAUUCAGACGUCUUUGUCAUGACGGAACGUGGAAUCAUGAAGGGGAACUCGAUCCAUCGACACCCACCUGACGAUCAGUUCAAACAUGAUCAGUUUGACUCGCUACGUGGCCUUCCUUGGAGGUUGCAAGAACGAGAACAUGGUGGACUGAGGAUCGCCCUUCCCGAUGUUGCAGCGCCUCGUGAAAGGCCUGCAGUGCAAGAAGUGAUCCCAAGGAACCUCUAUGUCACCAAGAAUGACUUGGAAAAGCAUGGGCACACACCUUUGUGUCCUGGAUGUGAAGCAGCAAUACUUGAGAUGCCAAGCCGAGCUCACAAUGCUGAGUGCAGACAAAGAAUCCAGAUCGAACUUGACAAGACUCCAGAAGGUCAAGAAAGGAUCAAAAGAGCGAGAGAGAGAGUUGCACAAGGCAGGCGCCCAAGAGGCGCGGCUGCACCGCCUGAGGGUGGUGGGGCAGAAGGUGGUGAAGCUGCACCACCAGUUGUCCCAGGAGGGGAAGUUGAACAACCAGUCUUGCAAGACCGUGUUCCUUUGGAUGCGGAAAUGGAUGCAAGUGAGGCUGUUGGUGAACCACUGGUCGACACCGAUUUUCGUGGAGAACUCAGACAGAGAGAACAAGAAAGAGAAGGAAGCCCAAAGAGGCAGAAACAAGAACAAUCCCGAGGAGAGAAAAGGAGUUCACAAGUCGACGUUGAAGAUCUUUACAAUGAAUCUUCAGCUCAGGCUUCAGGGUCAGCCGGACCACCGGCACCGGAUGCUUCAUCUGGUGUUCCGGAAGGUGCUGCCGCUGCACCAACAAGUCCUGAGACAAACCAGGAGAUGCUACAUCUGUGUUCCUUGCUCAAAGAUGUGAUCGCAAAAGGGAAGGUUGCUGAGAUCUUCUCUCCACCGCGUGUGGCUGCACAAGCCCAAGUGGUCGGGCUAGCACCUGGCUUCUCGAUUGACUUGGAGACAAAGCGUGGUGAUGGAACUCACUGGGACUUGAGUAAAGAUGAACACAUUCGUGAUCUGUUUCAACUGCUUGACUAUGAGAAACCAGAGUUCCUCGGCGGCUCACCUCCCUGUGGGCCAUUCUCGAAGCUGCAAAGCAUUGUGGAUGCGAAGGGCAAUGUUUCACCUGAAGUUCGAGCGCAGAGACUAAAAGAUGGUCGCAAACAUCUGCGCACGGCAGUUUCAGCGUAUGAGCAUCAAAUGAAUGCUGGAAGGUACUUCUACCAUGAGCACCCUAAAGGGGCCGCUUCGUGGGAAGAGAGAGCUGUGAAGAGACUGAGGGCAGAUGAACGGGUGUAUGAGGAGGAGUUUUGGAAGCAGCUGCCCGACAGCGAUGACACCAUCGUGGAGCCAGUGCUUGACGCACACUCCGGUGCUGUCUUGGAUGUUGACAAGGUCAGAGCCUCGAGCACUCUUCAGAGCACGAUCAGCUUGAGUUCCGGUGAAGCGGAAUACUACUCGAUCGUUCGAGGAGUUUCCAUCGGAAUGUCGCUACAGGAGAUCUUGCGAGGAUGGGGCCUACAACCAAAACUUAAAGUGCACACAGAUUCAUCCACUGCGCUGGGAACAUGUAACCGUCAGGGCUUAGGCCGCUCACGGCAUGUUCAAACUCGCUUUCUGUGGGUGCAAGAAAAGCUUGCACUACAUGAAUUCGAACUGGUGAAGAUCCCGACAAAGCAGAACGUAGCUGAUUUGUGCACCAAAGGUUUACCUGCGAAUGAGAUGGAAAGACACAUGCAAAGCAUGGGGUUCGAGUACUCUCAUGGUAGAGCCGAAGCUGCAAAGGCUUUGGAAUGA